UAACAGUAUAGUGUUCAGUGGGUAUAAUACAAACCCGAUGCUCCAAGAUCAUUCUCUAUUAUUUGGUGCCAAAUUCCUGAAAAGUCGGAGCUAAAAACUAAGCAGAAGAAAUUCUAUGGUUAAGUAAGGGUGUUUUGAUCGGUUUCUUUUUGUCGCUGCCAGACUAGUAAACAAUGAUAAAUAAUGCUAAAUUUAGUUUUUAAUUUUAAUAUUCUUUAGUUUUGUACAAUGAUUGGUGUUCGAGUAAGUGCUUUUAAUGAAAACGGAUUAGGAGAACCGGAUCAAGAUGCAAACUCUGCAUUAACAGAGUUAGAUAAAGGUUUAAGAUCGGGAAAAGUAGGAGAGCAAUGUGAGGCGAUAGUAAGGUUUCCUAAGUUGUUUGAAAAGUAUCCCUUUCCAAUUCUCAUUAACGCUUCUCUAUUAAAAUUGGCAGAAGUGUUUCGUAUGGGAAAUAAUUUUCUGCGUCUCUGCGUAUUAAGAGUAUGUCAACAGAGCGAAAAACAUCUUGAUAAAAUCUCAAAUGUUGACGAGUUUGUAAGAAGAAUAUACAGUGUUAUACACAGCAAUGAUCCAAUAGCUAGAGCAGUUACGUUAAGGAUAUUUGGUGCUGUAGCUGCUAUUAUACCUGAGAGACAACAAAUCCAUCACUGUAUUCGAAGUAGCUUAGAUUCUCAUGACAGUGUUGAGGUGGAAGCAGCUGUUUAUGGGGCUGUGCAAUUUGCAGCACAGUCAAAGAGUUUUGCAAUAAGUAUGUGUAACAAAGUAUCAGAUAUGAUACAAAGACAAUCAACACCUGCAAAUAUGAAAUUACAACUUAUUCCAAUUCUGCAAUAUAUGCAUCAUGAUACUAACACAGCUGCAAUGGUUAGAUCACUAUGUAUCGAAUUAUUACCAGGAUAUCCAGCUCAAGAAUUUGUUCUUGUCACCCUGAAUGCUUUGACAAAAUUAGCUGCAGCAACUUUAGUAGACAUCCCUAGUCAAGUCAAUUUACUACUAAACUAUCUGAAGAAUGAUCCCAGGUGGGAAAUAAAAAUCAAGGCAUUGGAACAUUUGUAUGAACUUGCAAAACCUGGAGCACAUCUUUGGCCCCCAGGUUCUGUUGAGGAUAUCAUUGAUUAUGUAUUAAAUUCCAAUCAGAAAAGAAUUUUGUCACCUGCAUUAAGGGUACUUCAAAUUUUGGUUGAGUCACCAAAAAUGUGUCAUGAACAUAGAUCAUCUGGAUCGAAACUUAGAGAACUGUGUAGUAAUAAUUGCUACUCACCAGAACCUAAAAUUGCUGCCCAAUCGAUAGAGAUCAUCAGCCAAAUAUUUUGCUACUGUUACAGAGAAAAUUUGGAAACAGAUGGGGAAGAUGAAGUCAUAGCUGCUUUGGAAACAUUGAUUUUGCUAUUAACUUUUAUCAAAGAAAAACAUUCGACACAACUAAAAACAGUUUUAAAAUGUGCCGUUAGAUUAUGCGAAGCUAAACAUCAAUAUUGUGAAGUGUUUGUUGAGUUGCUGGGGACAAGACUAGAUAAUAUCGACAGUGAUUAUACUUUUACAAUUUGUGAAGCUCUAGGUGCGAUUGGCAGUCUCAAAGCUGAAACUUUGCUUCCGCUAAUUGACACGAUUUUGAAUCUUCUCAAAGCCAUAGCAGAAGUUUCCGCUCCCUCAGUACUUCAGAUCCAAACCAAAACUAUGCUUUGUACUCUUAUAUUUCAAACCCUAUCAGGGUAUAAGUGGAACGACAAUACUUUUGAAACUAUCAUUAAAGUAGUUGACAGUAAUAAUUUAUGGGCAAAUUACUGUAUUGCUAGAGCAGCAAUGCGAUAUGGUCAUCAUAAGGUCGCCAAAUAUAUUUUUACUGGUUUAACUGAACAAGUUAGUUCAGAACAUUUUCAUUUUUGGCUUAUUUGUCUAAAAGAACUGUCAGAAGCGGAAGCCCAGCUCUAUAGAGAAGGAUCAAGCACCCUUGUUAACAGAUUAGACGCAGCUAUCACCCAUUACAAUAAAGCUAUAGCAGCAUUAAAGGCUGCUAGUACUCCACAGAACAAUCUGACAUUUCAAGCAGAGUACAUGAAAAUUCGCACAGAAUACCUUCAAUGCCUUCUCCAGUUAAUAUACACUUGCAAUAUUUUAUGCAUUGUCCCUCCUCCCGCUAUUGCGGCAACCAUUGUUCAAAAUACAAGAGACGAAUAUCAGCGGCACGGUUACAUAACAAAUCAGCUUAGAAAAUGCGUCAAAGAUUUCAAAAAUUGCGGCGACCUGCACUGGAAGUUGUAUCAGACGACGUUCGAUGCGGAUCCAGCAACCCUUGAGAAUAUGCAGAUAUUGCAGCAAAUGUGCGUUUUACUAGAGAAAUGCGUAGAAAGUUUGUGCGCCAGUGGAACCAAAAUAAAGGACGAACAUAUUGAUUUUGGUUCAAAACAUACAAGACUGGAGUCGCAACAGCUCGUCAAGGCUUGCGAAAAUGCUCUCAAAAUUGUUCAGAAUAUCGAAGAAGAUUCUACGAGUGCCACCAUUACCCAUAACCAAGUAGAAGUUCUCAAAAAGAUCAUAGAAAUUUUAGUCAACGCCUCUCUACCAAUUCCGAGAUAUUUUUUCCAAAUAUUACAAUCCACAAGCGUGAAGUUAGCCAUAUCUCCUCAACCAAGAGUGUUAGGAGAAUUUAUAAGUGUCCAAGCUGGUUCUCAGUUGGCUGUCAAAGUGGAAGGUGUUAUUCAACAUGGAAUCAGGCCUGGACUUUUUAGGAAAAUCAAGGAAGUUGUUAUCAAUGUUACCUCGCAAUUGCAAAGCAAUCCUAAAAAUAAGGAAGUUAUAGACCCCAAGAUUCUUGAACAAGUAUCUGUACUGACCCAAACGGUGACGCCUCAUAAAGAUUUCUUUACUGCCCAAUUUCUGCUGGCUUUUCCUAGAGGUGGUCAAUAUUCGUUGUCCGUCGAAGCUUCCGUAAUAGAUGAACAAUGUAACAUUUGGAAAACAGGGCCAAAGUCUUCCUUAACCGUCAAAGUUCCUGAAGAAACUAAACUUCAACCCAUUUCCGUGCCAGGCAUGGCUAGUAAUGCGAAUGUGAUCCUGAUGACAGAAGAUAGCCUGUUUGUGCGUCCGCAUCAAAAAAAGACUUAGGUUAAAAAUAGUGUAUUUAUUUUGAAUAUAUUGAUUAUAUAAUAU